AUGGAUGGUUGUACAACUCCGUCUUCGUCCUCCUGCACUGUAGGCUGGUGUUCAGGGAGCUCUAGCUCUGAACCCUUGUCUGCUCCUUGUCUGUUCCCGUCAGAUCCCGUCUCAAGCAGCACACAACAGCUUGGUGCAGGAGGGUUUCCGAUGGAUGCCUGCAGUAGUGUCUCAGGGGUAUCAGAUUCCUCCCCAGUCUCCUCCUCUGACUCCUCAUCCUCCCUCUGGUCUUCUGUCGAGGGACGAGGUCAAGGCGAAGACGAUCCGGCAGGAAGUAGCCAGCCUCUCUGGAGAACCCCCAGGGUUCUAUUUCCACAUCUUCCUCGUUCCAAAGUGGUCAGGGUGGCAUCCUGUCCUAGACCUCAGUCGCCUGAACAGGCUUGUGGAUCUCAAUCGCUUCUGAAUGGAAACACUGGCUUCGGUGCUUCUGUCAGUGUUUGA